CUUACCUGUAGACGACAAGGAUUAAGUGCUGAUGUUUCUUUUCGACAUCUUCUUCUUUCUAGCUAGCGCCACCCAUCUUGGUUACAGUACGACACAAAGAUGAGUAAAUUACUUGCCAUAGCCAUCCUUCUACUUCCACUUAUCAGCCAUGGAAGGGACUUGUCCACACUAUGGGUGUGGGAUGAUAAAGAUUUCUUCAAAUACUGCCCACCGUCACGGUGCAGCCAACACGGCCCAGAGAUCAGGUAUCCUUUCUGCCUUGAUUCAAGCCAAUCAUCAUGUGGAUGCGGUAGGAAGUUAGUAUGUUCUGGUCAAGACACCAUCCUGGUUCACCCAGUUCUUGGCCCAUACAAUGUCAGCACCAUAGAUUACAGAUAUUCUUCCAUGAAGCUCAUCCCCAUUGUAGAACCAUGCAUGGUGAUCCAGAAGAAGCUCAUCAUCUCCAAAAGCUCAUCAUCUCAGCAAGUUGAUUAUUUCAGCAAGGAGGGAUCAUAUGUUGAUAUUUUGUUUUCAUCUGCAACCCUAGUUUGCUGUUCAAGAGAGUUCAUACCUGGUGCUGCCGAUAGAAUUGCAGGCCCCAUCUCCUGCCUUAGCAACACAACCCACUUCUCGUAUUUUGUGGAUAGUUAUGAAUAUAUGUCUCUUCUUCCAUUGGACUGUAAGGUCAUCCCAAUCUCAGGUGGCAGCGAUGGCCGCCGGAUUCAGCUCAUGCGUAUGUUUGAUGAUCAAAGGUUAGAAUCGUCCGCACAGUCCUUCCAGAUAGGUGCAGAAAGUAUCCUCAGUUUUGAUGAGAAGACGGUGCAUUGGUAUAGUUACAAUUGUAAACAAUGUGAACUCAGUGGGGGACACUGCACAUUCAGCUCUAAAAGGGUAGAGUCGUUCUGCAUGCCUCAAGGCUCAGGCUCACGCACCAAAAUAAUCGCAGCUACAUCAUCGGUGGCCGCAUUUGUUGUUCUUUUGCUGAUGGUGUCCACUGCACUUUAUCUUUCGCUCAGGACAAGAUAUAAUGAGGAGAUACAUUUGAAGGUCGAAAUGUUUCUCAAAACAUAUGGCACAUCGAAACCCACGAGGUACACAUUCUCUGAAGUUAAGAAGAUAGCAAGACGGUUUAAGGAAAAAGUAGGGCAGGGAGGAUAUGGAAGUGUAUAUAAAGGUGAGCUGCCAAAUAGAGUGCCUGUGGCUGUCAAGAUGCUAGAGAACGCAACAGGAGAGGGAGAAGUAUUCAUCAAUGAAGUUGCCACCAUUGGACUAAUCCACCAUGCCAAUAUUGUCCGCCUCCUAGGGUUUUGUUCCGAAGGAAUGAGAAGGGCUCUUAUUUACGAAUUCAUGCCUAACGAGUCGCUAGAGAAAUACAUAUUCUCUCAUGACCCAAAUAUUUUUCAGCAUCUUCUAGUACCUCAGAAACUGCUAGAUAUUGCCUUAGGCAUCGCCCGAGGAAUGGAGUACUUACAUCAGGGGUGCAAACAGCGCAUCCUCCACUUUGACAUCAAGCCACACAAUAUCUUGCUGGACUACAACUUCAACCCAAAGAUCUCAGACUUUGGGCUUGCAAAGUUGUGUGCACGGGACCAAAGCAUAGUCACCCUAACUGCAGCAAGAGGCACUAUGGGCUACAUUGCACCAGAGCUAUACUCUCGGAACUUUGGGGGGGUAUCCUACAAGUCAGACGUGUACAGUUUUGGCAUGCUGGUGUUAGAAAUGGUCAGUGGUAGGAGGAAUUCAGACCCAAGUACUGGGAGCCUGAACGAUGUUUACCUCCCAGAGUGGAUCUACGAGAAAGUAAUCAAUGACCAGGAGUUGGCACUCACUUUGGAAACGACUCAAGAAGAGAAAGAAAAGGUGAAGCAGCUGGCUAUUGUGGCACUAUGGUGUAUCCAAUGGAACCCGAGAAACAGGCCAUCAAUGACGAAGGUCGUUAACAUGCUAACAGGGAGGUUGCAGAAUCUGCAGAUGCCACCAAGGCCUUUCGUCACAUCUGAAAAUCAGCCCAUGCCUUAAACUAAAACAUGGAGCACACAGUACCAUGAUUCAGUCAGCAUUCAAGGGUUUAAUUCCUCUACACGCGCGUCGCAAAUCUAUGCAUAGCAAGCAAUCUAUUUCGGUAUUACCAUUCCAUUAGCUCUGGACAUGUACGGAUAAUCAUGAGUCACCACCAUGUAAUAACACCACAAAUUACCGGAAAAUUAACAAUAAUCGUGUGAAAUAUUUUAUUUGGAAGA